UUAAAAGCUUACAUUGGUGCUAAUUCUGACAUCUUUCAAACAGUGUGAUGCAUACGAUCAUCUAGAAGGAUAUGGAAAUGACAGUGGUGGCAGCUGUCCCUGUUAAUCCGUGUUUUCAUUACCUGUUUUGAUUUUAUUUUACUUUCAUAUUUAAAUGUAGUUUCAUUCUCUUACACCCUCGGUGGUUUUAGAGUUCCUUUUGCCAUGUCUGCAGUAAGUCUGAAUAUCACCUGUGGGCUUGUGAUUGGACAUGGUUUAGCAGUUUGUGGGGAGAUGACUGGGACGUACUUUUAUCACCAGCCUAACACGCAGUCAGUCAAGUUGUGUUAGCCAGGAACUUGUUCCUAUAGCCUUAAUUCUGCUCUGUAUUUCCACUGAACAAGACAAGUCUUCUCACUACAUGUCUGAGACUUGCAGGGCAGGAAUGCAAGGCUAAUAAAUAGACAGAUAUUGCAAAAAUGUAAUAAUGUUGUUUAGGAUUGCUGGAGGUUGGUAUUUGUCAGCCAAUCUUCAAAGAUUCAUUAAAAGCAUAGGAAAUGUAUUUCACAUGUGUUAGUCAGGAAAAUACAGAUACCCUUUAGAGAAGAUUGACUGCUGUGAAGAAAAAAAACAAUCUACAAAGGCAGCUGACACAAGACAAUGCGAUUGUCUUUUUUUUUGCCAUUUGAGAUUCAGAGUUACUAGUUUAAUCUUUAUAUGUCCUGAACUAAAAUGCAUGCCAGGAGGAAGUGACAACUUCUGUCCCUGCAGGUCAGUUUUUGCAGGACAUCUGAGACGAUGUGUUUGGAGCCAAGCAUACUCCGAACUGCAUCUCCCAGCAGCCCUUGCUUGCUGACGGGAGGAAGUUGUCGCUCUGCUUCCUUCUGGACUUUGGCAGAGACUUUAAGCCUGGAAAGCCGCAGGCUCCCGGCAUUCGCAUUUCACACAGCCCGAGUCUUACCAAAAGCAGCAGGCUCCUCUCCCCUCCCACGGAGCCCGAUGGCGGUGCAGGUGACCGUUCUGCCUUCUCUCAGGUGUCUGUUCGACGACCCCGUUCAGAUCCGUGUGACGGGACUCGUGCCGCAGCAGAGGGUCACGCUCAGAGCCUGCCUUCUGGAUGAGGGUGGGGAGCUCUUCCAAGCCCACGCUCACUACAGGGCUGAUGGCAGUGGGGAGCUUGAUCUGACCCGCUGCCCAGCACUGGGGGGCAGCUAUUCUGGAGUGGAGCCCAUGGGAUUGCUGUGGUCUCUGCGGUCCAAAACACCAUAUAAGCGGCUGGCAAAGAGGAACGUCCUGACCCCUUUCUGUGUAGACUUGGAAGUAUAUGAGGGCCAUGGGGACAUGAGCCGGUUGCUGGGAAAAUGCACCCAUGAGCGGUGCUUUUUAGGAGAGGGAGUGAAGAGGAUUUCAGUCAGAGAAGGUCGGCUUAAAGCAACUCUCUUCCUCCCUCCUGGGCCUGGACCAUUCCCUGGUCUUAUUGAUCUGUAUGGAUCUGGAGGAGGACUUGUUGAAUACAGAGCAAGUCUUCUGGCUAGCAGAGGCUUUGUGACUCUAGCUCUGGCUUACAUGGCCUUUGAAGAUCUGCCUGCUAUGCCAGAGAUUCUUGAACUGGAUUAUUUUCAGGAGGCUAUAGACUUUUUGCAUAAGCAGCAGCAGGUGAAAGAUGCUGGGAUUGGCGUUUUGGGCUUGUCUAAAGGAGCUGAUCUAGCCCUUUCCAUGGCCACGUUUCUACCUGGCAUCAAGGCAGCUGUCAGCAUAUCUGGAAGUGGCUUAAAUUCUUUCAUUCCCCUAAGGGGAGAUGGCUUCACUAUUCCUGCCCACCCAUAUGACUUGGGGAGAAUGAAGACCAGUGAGGAGUCUGGUCUUGUAGAUUUUUCAGAUAUCCUAGAUGAUCACAGAGACCCAGCGACUUGGGAUAGUCGCAUUCCCAUGGAGAAGUCCUUGGCCAAGUUCCUUUUCCUGUCAGGGCUGGAUGACAAGAACUGGAAAAGUGACCUUUACUGCCGGGAUGCUGUUCAGCGCCUUAAUCAGUGUGGACAGAAGGCAGAGUUUUGCUCCUAUUCUGGAGCAGGGCACCUUUUGGAGCCACCAUAUCUGCCUCUGUGCCAGUCUUCAAUCCACAAAGUGCUUGGGGUGUUUGUGCAGUGGGGAGGGCAGUGGAGGGAGCAUGCCAGAGCACAAGAAGAUGCCUGGCACAGGAUACAGGCCUUUUUCUGGAAACACCUGAUGAACUCAGACAUUCCUAAGAGCCACCUGUAGUAGAGGUAUUGCUGUCAGCAGUGGCGGCAGGAUUAGUAUUUCAUUUCUUACUGUAUUAAGGCCAAAAUGUUCCUGAAUAAUUUCCCAUUUUUGAGUACUAUCUUGCCCCCAGGUGCAGUGUAGACUGACACCAUCUGAUGUGCCUGUGUGCUGGAGAAGACCCAGCAUGGUGACAUGCAGGUUGCAUUUGUACUGAGCUGGCUUUGCCUUCAGUCUCUGUUCCUCUCCCCUUGCAGCAGAAAAUACUCUCAAAGGAGAAACCUCCAUCGAAUUGUACUACACCUUUAAUUAACCCAGAUACAAACAGUGGCUUUUUGGAAUAAUGUAUCAGUACCUGCACUUACCUUUCCUCUUGGUAUAUUAUUUGCUCACAUUUUUAUAGGAAAAUGGUGCUACAUUUUGCAUCCCAGCUGAGUGAAGAAGCACUCUUCUGAUUUAUUCUGAAGUGCAGAAAUAACAUUUGUUUCUGAUACUUCAAAAACCAGAAGAAAUAAAUCUUAUUAAGGUUCCAAUGGUAGUAUCUCCUGCUGAUUCCAGAUAUGCAUGUCAGUAUAGAAUACAUGUCAGACUGAAGUUUGCACUGCACUACUCAAUAAAUAAAAUAUGUCUAUGUGUACGCACAGUUUACUUGAAAUUACCUGAACGAAGGCUUUGCCUGUCUUAAUGCCUGUAAAUACACAGGCAGUGAUCCCAGUGUAGUCACAAGCUGUCUCUUUGCUUGGCUGAAGAGUUCCUAUGCAGUUCUUAACCUCUUACUACUAAGAGGAGGGGGAAAAUUUGUGGAGUACUUAGCACUCUGCUCAAAAUGGGAGUGAUGUAGGUGUGUUAAGUGCCUGCUUUUGAAUGUUGAUCCCAUUCUGACCACAGAAGGAAGUAGGAGAUGGGUGUCUGUCUUUGAGGCAGCAAAACCUCACCUUGGAGAGAGCACAAAUUCCUGCUGAGAGGAAUUCCUGCCUCCAAGGAGCCCAGAUCCUGCUGAAGGCAGGAUUGUAGCUUCAGUUUUCUCACCUCAGGGAGCAAUGCUUGGGCCUUAAAGGGCUGUGGACUCUAAUGCAAUAUAUCUGAUGCAGAGUGUGCUCCCUCACGUACUUACUUCCAAUUUCUUGCCCCUUCCUCAGGAGGUGGCUGGAUAUUUCUCAGCAGAGAUCUCUCUCCUGGUCACCCAUACAGGUGAUCUAUAAGAAUUUCUGUUAUUACAUCUUCAUUUCGGUUUGUGCUCUGUGCAUCUGCAUUCUGCACAAAUGGUAGCUGGUGAAUGGGUAGGACCUGGCAGAAGAACAACGUGUGGCAACAAGGGAACGCAAACACAUUUAGGCAGUUCAGAUUGGACAAUUGGACAUUCUUUUCUCCAUUAUUUUUCUGUUUUAUUAAAGUAAAAAAAAAUCUGGGUUAUUCAUCCAAAUUUGUCUCAGGCUCAGCGUGCUGUGCUAUGCGGUUUUCUGGGAGAUGAAUGGUUUUGUUCUUUUGUUUUUACUGAAUACAUACAGUGAGGCUUAUGCAGUACAGUGUGUUCUGUGGUGUAACUCACAUCUGUUUUAAUCCCUUCUGAAAUGAAGACAUACUUUCUCAGUCUUCAGUGGGCAGUUUAUAGAUGUACAUUUUGAAUCACAAUAUUGUGAGCUGCUGAAAAGAUACAUUUCACUAUAGGAAACUACUACUAAAGGAAAAAUACUUUUAAUCAGUACCUGUACAACGUUGUCAAUGGUGCUUUCAUACAGUCUGUUACGUUGGCACAUUCAGCAGUCACAUUCAAGGAGAACAGUGUUGAAACGAGGUAGGAGAAAGCUGUGACGUGAUUCCAUUGAUGAUGUUAGCACACAGGACCUCUUUGUUUUGUCGCUAUGAAAUUAAAGUUUUGCCAGCCAAUUGAAAGCUCUUUAUUUACCACAUGGGUGGUGACUGGCAAGAAUGACUGAAAAGACUGAUUAAGCAGUAAAAAGACUGAAAAGGGCGAUUUAGUUGAAUCGGUGCCAUGUUCAAACAAGAAAAUAUGUCAGCCGGUUCUGUUGUGCAGGGUGUUCUUUUUAAAUCAGCUGGCCUUUGCAGAAACUCAGGUUUUAAAGUUAUCUUUGGGAAAUAGAAACUGGAAACCAAAGGGAGACUAAUAUUAAGUAAUUGGAAGUGGCUUAUUUUCAAUGAAAUCUUAUGUUUGUUCUUGAGCAUAUUCUGCAGUGUUUUGCACAAUGGUUUGAAUUCUUAGCAUUUCUUCUGCUGAAGAGGUAGUUUAGACAAGUGGGGCUAAGAUGACAUUUUUCUGAGUUGGAGAUGAAGAUUCUACCACUGGCAGACGCUUCCUGUAGCUUCUCCAGGCUUGCAGAGUACUGGCAACGUUAUUCAAGGAUGAUGGGAAAGGUAUUUAAUUAUGGGUUAUUGAUCUUUACCUGCAAAAGAGAGUCCACACUAAGCACAACUGAUAAAACCAAUAAAAUGGAGAUCAGAAGAUCAGUAAAAGAGCAGAAAUCUUUUCUUGUAAUUUGCUUGUAGCUGAAGAGUGCUUCAGAUGAAAUAGCACAUCAGAAGAUUCACUUGAACAAAAAGGUCUCAGCUUGAUGCUUGCAUCAGUCCUGCUUUUGUUUAGCGCUGUGCACUACGUGUCUAUUAAGAGAAUGAGAAGAGCUUCCUAAGAAACUGAGAAGCAGUCUCACACAUAAGCAGCUACAAAUAAAUUUGUUAAAAGGGAAUGAUACAUCUUGCAAUGCUCUUUUUGGGCAAUAUCAUUUCCAUAGCUCAUUUGUAAUUGGGCAACAAUAGAAACUGCUGAAUUGUCACUGCAUCUUUCAAGUUUUCCUUCUUUGCUCUGGUUGAACUUGUGGUCUCUCAGCAUGGAAAGGCAAGUAACCCAAACAGAAUGUAAAUGCUGUGAAAAAAAUCCCAUCUGUGACUUGAAUCUCUUUAAUCUCCACUGUAGCCUUACUGCCCAGCACCCCUGAAUCUGAUGUAAUCUAGGUGAAUGUGAUCUGGGCUAUGUGACAUGCAUCUAGCUUAUUAUUUUAAAGUAGCUGUCAGUGAAGCAGGCCACAGGCUGUUUGCACACUGUGAGACCUUUGGAUGUAGCUUUACUUUUUCAUUGUGGGCUUUCUAUGUCACAAUGCAGUUUUUCUUUGGCUAGCUCCAUCUGACUCUUAAUAGCCCUUUAGAAAAAGCUCUAGGGACUUCUGGUCAGGAGCACCAGGUUGAAAUAAUUUGAGCACUGCAUGGGGCAACGAACCCUACAUUUUUCAAGGCUCCUUGAAAAAGCUUAUGAGACCGACCUUUCUUUCAUGGGUUCUUUCCCCAUACUUUGCCGGAUAUGUUCUUAGGCUCUGUGUAGUUGACAAAGAAAGAAAACCCUUGAAACUCUUCAGCGAAUACCUGGUACAAUUAUUUGUAUGUAAGCUAAAGCUGAUCCUGAAGCAUUUUUGAUGUAUGUAAGGUAUAACUCAGAGGAAACUUCAGAGUGAAAGGAAUCCCAUUGUCUCUAUUAGAGGAAAGUGGACCACAACUACAGGAGAGGUAGAACACCUUUGAGAAAGUACCUGUACAUUGAGGCCUCUGCAAAAGUACUGAACCGUGGAGAUUUUGGUGGAAUUUUACUAGGAGCUGCUCUGAACAAGGAGGCUUCUGUGUAAAUGUGCUCCUGUAACAGUAAUAGUUUCUUACCAAGGAGCAUCUCUGCAUGGCUUCUGAAAGCAGGGCUGUUUCUUAGCCAAAAGGCGGAAGGAAUGAAGUGCAAGAUGAGAAUAUGCAUUGUGAGGUGUGAUGAGAAGUGGCCUUUCCCCAUCUGCCCUUUCAGUUUCGUGUGUGUAUCUGGAAGUCUAAGGAUGAUCAGGGAAGAUCACUUUUUUUUCUUUUUUAAGUUCAAAGCUUACUCAGUGCUCUGUAAUACAUUACCAUAUCAUUUGUUUCCAAGCUCUAGGAUAAAACAACUUGUUAAUGACAAAAAACAUUCAAAACUUUGACUGUAGUAAUAUUUUGCUAAGAAUUUUGUAAUGCAACCAUUUCAGAAAAAAAAAUCCCCAUUCUGCACUUUUUAGUGCUCUAUGUAUGUAAUUUGGAAAAGGAAUCUGAGCCAAAUGUAGCGCAGAGAAAGUGAUAUUUUGAGUGAAGCUUUGCUAGAAGGAAUAUUAAUGUUUCCAAUGAACUAACACCCUUUGCGGCAUUUCCUGCAAAACGUCACUGUAAUUUAUCAUUGUCCAGGCCAAAAUACAGGAAAGCUAAAACUCAGAGUUUUUCAGAGUAAAAAAAAAUUGUUUGUGAAAGACAAAGAUGUGCCCUGACUCUAGAUACCCCCUGGGGAAAAUAAUUAAUGAGUUGCAUUCUAUUAAUGUAGGCUUAUAUCUGUGACUCAAACCACUGAACAUCUAACAUCUUGCAUUUUGACUGUGAAUUAAGUCUAUAUUAAAGUAAAUUCAGUUAAAAUUGUGGACAUGUGCUCCAGGCUAGCUCUGCUAAGAGUACCUUGCAUAGGAGAGUGAAACCAUGCCUUUUAGAGUUUCUGUGGCCUUGUAUUAAUCCAAGGUAACUGUAGUGGAGCUUUUAGUUAAAACUAGUCUGGCUGAUUCUGAGUUCUGCUGCAGUAAUCAGCUAGUUUGAGCGUGUCACUGUGUAAGGGAGCUGGUAGGUCUCAGAAGUGCUGAGACUGGGUACAGGACCAAGUGUUGGCUCAAAAGACAAACUGUUAGGUCUGGGCAAGAACAAAAUGCUGGAGAAGCCAUUAGUGUCACACUAGCAGAAAAUAGCUAUCUGUAGAGCAUUCUUGUUCAUACCCAGACUGUUUGAUUUUCAGUUUCUGUUGCUAGAAAUUGCAGCUCCAGGAAAAUCAGAUUACCUCUUUGUAUGACAUCAGAGAAGUACAUUGGUAGCAGUGCAAUUUAUACAUAGUGGUGUAUACAAGUGAUACAUUUUGUCUUUAAGAUGGAAGGGCUGAUCAUUCAAUCUGCUAUCUCUGAUGCUCUGAGAAUCUACUUUGCAGGUUGGUUUGAGGUUACUUUGAAUACAAAUUCUGGAUGCUAAGAUUAAGAAUUCAAGCACUUGGCAGUGACAUAGAGGUCAGUGCAUGACACUGUGCAGAAUUUGGGAAUGACGGUAUGAGCUGGACUCGGUGCAUUUGGCCUGCUGACCAGUCGUUGGUUCUUGCCAGAAAUGGUGUGAGAUGAAUACCAAUCUACUAUGCUCCUUUGUGCUACUGACAGAAUAUUGCUAGUUCUAGGUAUAAAUCCUAAAGUAAAUAAAAUAUAUUUGUCCUUCACUUCUACUGUAUCAACUAUGUUUUCUAUUGAUCAUCAAGCAUUUUCUUUUUGCAAGGACUCUUUUGAGAGUAGACCUCCUCUCUGGUAGAUGUUGCAGAAACAAACCCACUCCACAUGACUUACCAUCACACCAGUACACAAGGUACUGAUUAGUGCAGUGGACAAAUUUAUGUAAGAGUUAUCCAUCAAGAUUGACUAAACGUGAAGACUCUGUCUCUCCCAUUCAGCGUCUCAGAACUGCAAAUUAUGUGAAACUAAGAGUAUUUUGGAGAAUUACCACUAUGGAUUUGUCCUGUUCUUGGACUUUUCUUUGAACAUCUCUUUUGACCAUUGACAGAACAAGGAUGCUGGACUAAAUGGUCUUUUGAGCUGAUGCAGAUAAAUCCAUUUUUGCUUGCAUGUUUACUGUGGUUUUUAUUUCUUCUUUUUUUUUUUUUUUUUUUUUUUUUUUUUUUUUUUUGUUUUGUUUUGUUU